AGGAGAACAUGGAACCACAUCAGUCUUUCAAUUCAUCAUUAAUGUCAGCAUCUGAUUACUCAAGCUCUGUUGAUGCUUCAGUUUUUUAUGGUCCCUGGUCAACACUUGGAGAUGGCUACAAGCAACUUUGUGGCUCUCAGCUUUAUGCUAAGAACAGGAUUCACAGUGAAAGAAAUGAUUAUGGCAGUGAAACAGACUUGUAUAGAUUGGUUUCUAGUAUUUUGGAAGAAUCUGACAAAUCCCAGUUCUUUUCUACAGAUGGCAGUUUUUCUAGCAACUUAAAAUCCAUGUGCCCUCCAGGUGGUACCAAAGCAGCAGAGCAGCAUGACCUUUUGACAGAUACUCAAGGACCUAGUGACUUGUCUUCUGCCCAGCAGAUGUGUGACAAUGAUUGCCUUGCUGCUGCAAAACAGUACCUGCACAGUAGUGCUACAGCAUCAGAGCAGAGGACAGAUGAGUUUUACAAUAAUUUUAACACCUUAGAUCUUAAAGAAGAACAGUUUUUUUUACCUUUAGAGAAUGACACCAUGAACUACUAUGCAGGUCACACUUGUGACAGUUCCCGGGUGGCCUUUCAUGAUGCUGUAUGUGUAAAAAAUGGUUUGCUAUCACAGUUGGUGCUUCCUGAAACUGUAGAAAAAUUAGGAGUUGAUAUGUAUUCAUACACAAGGGACAAAUUGUGUACUAAACAAAAUGAUAUCCCUUUAAACUGUAAGAGAGCAGAAAUAUUCCCAUCUUAUUUUAGCAGGCACGUAGACAGUUCUGAAUGUGGAAGAUCUCCUGAAUAUUCAAAGAGUUUUCAUUUUUCUAAAAAUUCGGCAUUUGUGGAAGAUAAGUUGUACUCAAAAGAAUCUGCUUUACCUGGUGAUGGAUUGAAAACUGCAUCAGAAUGUGGAAUAAAGCCACAUCCCAUUUGUCAAAUUAAUGAUGAUUAUUCAGAUACUUUGGGAAAUCAGAUGUUCUCAGGAUGUAAUCCUCAACAUUUAGACUAUUUUAAACAUGUAAACUUCUUGACAAACCGUGAGACAGAUCAUAGUAGGCCAUUAUGGUCGGAUGUUCAAACAGAAGCCAGUAGUUCUGUGUCAUAUCGUAAUCAAGGGAACAUUACAAAAUUUAACAGUCACCUGUCAUCUGUUUCAAAGAUGUCACCACAGGCUUCAGAAUUCUCUCAGCUAUCAUCCUUACAACUGGCACAAAACAACAAGUCAUGCUUCCAGGUGUAUAACCAAGACAACAAUUCAAGAUUUUCCAGUUUAGAGACAGGUUAUGGUACAGAGAAAAGUCACUGUAGCAGUCAGAAGGAAGGGGUGAAUAAACCACGGGAAGAGCAUCUCUACGAGAUAGGCUGUGACAAGAAGAUGAAGCAGUUAAAUGUUUUGUGUGAGAAUUAUUCCAGUCAGCAAUAUAUUUGUCCAGAAAAUAUAUGCAAACGUGGAUUUUCAGUCAAGCCUCAGAAUGGGCAUUUUGAGCCUGAAGAUGGGCAGAAUCAUGUGGAUGUUUUUUCUCAAAAUGUUUCCCAUGAUAUCUUAGAAACUCAGGCUUAUUAUACCGGUGUGCAGAAACAGGGUAGUGGAUGUAACGUAAACAAUCAUGGAAAUUGUCCACAGACUGUUUAUCUUUCUAAUAACUACAUGAUGCGUGACUUGAAAUGUAAUCAUGACUUUUUGCAACUUGAUUCAAAUAUUUUUCCUUCAAGAGCUACUGUUCCACCUCGUCAUUCUGUUGUUCCAAGGAUGGAACCUAGUGACUCUCUAUUUCAUGAUGAUUUGUCUCAUUUAAAUCCCUAUUUUAAUGAUAUGAAAUAUGGAAAUAAUCCUUUAACUGGAUUUAUGGCAGCGUUUGGAUUUCACAGGCCUUCAAGAAUUCGAAAUGGGCCAUCUAGUGAGCUUUCUUUCCAACUAGAAGAGUGUAAUGACCAGUGGAAAGCUUUGGAAAAAGAAAGAAAAAAGGCAGAAUUGGUGCUUGCCAAGACUUAUCCUGGAAAGAGGGUUUCAAGUGCAAGUAGUAUACCUGUUCCAAGACUUCCUUCAAAUCCUUCAAGAGUUGAUCGCCUUGUUGUUGAUCAGCUACGGGAGCAAACUAGAGUUGUUGCUUUGCUUGGAAAAAUGGAGUAUCUUCGCAGCUUUCCACUUCAUGCCAAUAUAUCUACAGCUCUUGCUAAACACUUAGAAGCAAUUCAUGUUGUUCAGACACGUAGAAGAGAAGAAAUAAUAAAUACUUCCAGAUGCCAAAGGCAGGGAUUACCAAGACGCAAAGAUGACCGAGAUGUGUUUGCCCUGGCAUCAGCAGUUAAGGAGUUAUCUGCAGUUACUCGGAAAGCUCGCACUGCCUUAUGGUGUGCUCUUCAAAUGACACUGCCAAAAACUACAACUAUAACCACAGAGGGACACACAGAUGCCAGCAGUAGCUUACAAGACACUUUGAAUCCUGAAGAACAAAGCUACAUAUGUAUGAGCAUUUGUGAGUCUUUUGAUGAUAAAGGAGAAAGGAAACAUAAUUAGCAUCACAGUUAAAUAAAUACUUAAGUGCAUACAUACAAAGAUUUAGUAAAAUGUUUUUACUUUCAGGUUUUGAGUUAAUACUAAUAAACAAAACAUAUAAUUAUAUUUAAAAUUAUAGUAUGUUACUAACUUUUAACAAAGGGAAAUGAACUCUAAAAAUUAUUCAAACUGAAUGAUUAAACUUUGCUUAGAAAAUUGUUGAUUGUUGCAGCACAGAAUUUUGAAAAUUGACCGUUAUGAUAUAAUUCUCUAAUAAUCAAAAGUAUUUAUAACACACUUUCUGUAGUAUACUGCCAAACACCUGAAAUGUUUAAGCAGUUGCAUUAACCUUGCACAGGUUAUGUUAUGGCACUAUGCAGGACAUGUAUGCUAGUACUCUUUUUUUUUUUUAGACAUUCAGCAAAUGUGCGGUUGUUUUGUCAUUAUUUUCGUUAUCCAUGUUAAAAAUUUUAAAUUAACUCUGCAUCUUGGAACUCAAUUUUAAAUGUAUUUAUUUAAAGGCAGAUCAGUAAGAAACAAUUCUGUUACAUGGGAAGGUACAAGUAAAUAAUGACUUGAAAAAACAGAUGCAUUCAUACUGUAUUUCUGUUAAAAUACAUGUGUGAUUUUUUUUCUGCUUGUUUAGUUUUUCAAAAGAAACAUUUAUUAGCAUCGGCAUAUUUGUUUUGAAAGCUUUCUGCAAUAUAUCUUGGCAUUUUGAAAUAUGUCAUUUGUUGCUUGUAGACUGCUAUUGAAUGUGGGGUGCUGUAUGCACUUUCUUAAUACCUUUUUAAGUUGUAAACAAACAGAUUACUUAGAAAUUAUCACUGUUAUGUGGUACAGAAACAGAGCUUUUAACAGUUCUAGCAGUCAUUUACAAUGAUCAUAGGAAUUAACUUUACUAUCCCGUGGAGAACUUUUUUUUUUUACAUUUCAUCCUUAAUA